AAAAAACAACCUGUUGCCCUUUGCUCCGUAUAGCACCCUGCAUUUUGUCAAUUCAAAAGGCAGUUUGUUUGCAUGCAUACAUGCACAUUUAUUGUAAUCUCACAGUCACUGAGCGUAUCGUAUACCGCGACCACAUUAUUCAUUUUUCUAAACUUCACCAACGCCGAAGAUAGGACUACUGUCAGACAGCAGCAAAAGUCUGCAUGGGACGGGACAGAAUGACUUAUCAACCAGUGUGCACUGCUGAUUUUGAACAAUAUCUGAGGCGAAAUCUGAGUUCGCCAUGGUGUGACUACUUUACUGUUGGAGCCAAUGAUGGGCAGACACACGCAGACAACGUCAAGGCUUUUAAAAGGUAUCGUCUUCGACCAAGGUGUCUGCGUGACGUGUCCAACCGCGACAUCCGCUCCAGUAUAUUGGGUCAUGACCUUGAAUUUCCGGUAGGGGUCUGCCCCUCUGCUUGCCAUGCAGUCGUUCACAAAGAUGGAGAAAUUGCAACAGCGAAAGGCGCAGCAAGCUCAGGGUCAGCAUUCAUCCUCAGUGUUUGGGCCAACACUUCCCUGGAGGACGUGGCCGCAUCAGUGCCAGUGGAAACACCACUCUUCAUGCAACUCAAUGUCUUCGCUGAUCGAGAGAUGACGAUGAGUGUGGUACGGCGUGUAGAAGCCACGGGUCGGUACAGGGGACUGGUUGUAACGGUUGACCAACCGAUACGUGGCAAAAGGCUUUCGUCUCAUCCCAUAAUGCCUUCACAUUUAAGGUUUGCUAACAUUAAGAUUCCAGAAAACCUCGACAACAAAGACGUCGUCAGGGUAUACGACCCUUCAUUCUGCUGGAAGGACAUCACGUGGUUAAAGGAGUUUACAUCACUACCGCUCAUUUUGAAGGGAAUACUAACGGCCGCAGACGCACGGAUGGCUGUGAGCCAUGGAGCAGCUGGUAUAUUGGUGUCCAACCACGGCGGCCGGCAACUUGAUGGUGUGUGUGCUACAAUCGACGCACUAUCUGAGGUUGUGGAUGCUGUACGGGGUUCUAAUGUUGAGGUAUAUUUAGAUGGAGGAGUACGUAACGGAACAGAUGUACUCAAAGCGCUCGCCCUCGGGGCCAGGGCCGUCUUCAUCGGCCGGCCGGCGAUCUGGGGUCUCGCUUAUGAUGGAGAAGCAGGGGUCAAAAAGGUUCUUGGUAUUCUGAAAGAAGAAUUCAGCACAGCUAUGGCGCUAUCAGGUUGUGCAUCUCUAGCUGAUAUAACACCAGACUUGGUAACCACACCGGCCUACAGCAAGCUUUAAGACCAGUAAAACCUUACAAUAAUAUUUCGUGAGGGACAUGGUUGUAUGCAUAUGCCUGGAGGAUGGCUCUUUGCUCUGGAUGGAAAAGAAAUGGAGAGACAGCGGUUGGAGAUGAGAUAGAACAGUAAUUUUAAUAGUGAGAAAGAAAAGAACUCACCAUAUAUUUACAAUACUCUACUCUAGAAAAGUGUCCGACCAUGAUCUUAAACCAUUUAAGGUUCAAUUAAAGUUGAAGGAUUUAAAAAGAAAAUACUCGUUAAUCUCACUUCGUUUCAUAAUAAAUGACUAAUCUUACUUCAUUUCAUAUUAAAUGAUUAAAGGCAGUGGACACUAUUGGUAAUUACUCAAUGAUUAAUGGCACAAACCUUACUUGGUGAUGAGUAAU